AUGGCUGCUGCAAUCCCUCCCGGAGGCACCCUCCUCGACACCUUCAAGAAGUCCUUCGUCGAUGUCCCUAUCGAUGCUGAAAAGGACAAUGCCAUCUCCACCGCCGAGUUCCUAGAGGCUGCCGAGUCUCUGACCACCAUGUUCGAUGUCCUUGGUUCCGUCGCCUUUUCCCCCGUCAAGUCCGACAUGCUCGGCAACGUCAAGAAGCUCCGUGACCGCUUCCUGGCUGCCCCCCUGGAGUCUGAGACCAUCCAGAGCCUCUGCCUCAACGAGCUCAAGACCAAGAAGCACACCGCCACCGAGGGUCUCCUGUGGCUGACCCGCGGUCUCGAGUUCACUUGCCUCGCCCUCAGCCAGAACGUCUCCAAGCCUACCGAGGAGCUCUCCGACUCCUUCCGCAGUGCCUACGGCGUCACCCUCAAGCCCCACCACGGCUUCCUGAUCAAGCCCGUCUUCAGCGCUGCCAUGAGCGCCUGCCCGUACCGCAAGGACUUCUACUCGAAGCUCGGUUCCGACCAGGAGAAGGUCGCUGCUGAGCUGAGGACCUACACCGCCGCCCUCGACAAGAUCGUUGCCAUUCUGAAGGGCUUCCUGGAGCGCAAGGAGGCCAAGUGUGACCUGAUACACGGAGAGCAGUACAGACAAGCCAUGCGUCUUGAUAGAACCAUCGCCGCCGCGCUGGCCCUCUCGGUCACCGGUGCCGACGCCCAGCGCACACAGUGUGUUGUCAAGUCUCAGUACAAGUGCAGCGGCGGCAAGUCCUCGGACUCGCCUGCCAUCGAGGAGGCCUUCAAGAAGUGCGCCAAGGAUGCCGAGAUCGUCUUCUCCGAGGGCGUCGAGUACAACGUCUUCUCGCCGCUCAAGGUCAGCGGCCUGUCCAACGUCAUCGUGCAUCACCUUGGCAACCUUAACCUGCCGCAGAACGUGACCUACAUGCAGGAGGUCACGGCCAAGAACGGCGGCUCGCUCAAGUGGUUCGAUAUCAGGGGUGAUAGUAUCACCACCGGCUGGUUCAGGGGUUACGGCCAGAACUGGUACGACGCCAACCCGCCUGGCGGCACCGGCCUGCCCAACCGCCCGCACCUAAUGUACUUUGGCGUCAACAACGGCUACGGCGAGUACUGGAAGUCGUCCAAGCCACCCGGCGCCAACUUCCAGCUGGCCGGCAAGAACAUCACCAUCCGCAAGCCCAUCAUCGACGCCGUGUCGAGCUCGUCAUCCUUCCCUUUCAACACGGACGGCUUCGGCUGUGGCGCCGAGGACCUGACCAUCGAGGACGCCGUUAUCUACAACGGCGACGACGCCUUUGCUGUCGGCUCGGGCGCGCGCAACGUUGUCGUGCGCCGCGCCACCAUCGGCUACCAGACGCACGGCAUGAGCAUUGGCUCACUGGGCAAGGACCCGAGCAAGCCUGCCUCCGUGUCCAACAUACUCUUUGACGACGUCACCGUCGCGGGCGGGCUGUACGCCGCGCGCUUCAAGUCGUGGUCCGGCGGUCAGGGCCUCGCCAAGGAUGUCACCUGGCAGAACAUAAGGGUGUACAACGUCUCGUUCCCCAUCUUCGUCACGCAGGUCUACUACGACCAGGCCAAGACGCCUGGUGGGCCGGGGGGCAACGGCACGACGCAGGCGGUCAACAUGGAGAACUUUUCGUGGGUCAACUUCACGGGCAGCGUCAACAGCUUUAAUUCCGGCGACGGGUCGUGCGCGAGCAAACCCUGCUGGUAUGACAUUGGCUUACCCAGCAACCUCAACCACACCGAGGCGGCCAUCAUCCAGUGCGCGACCGAGACGUCGUGCAAGAACUUCAAGGUGGAGAACGUGCGUCUGUUUCCGGACAGCGGGGAGGCGCCGACGCAGAUAUGCCAGGGGGUGUCGGCCGAGACGAGCCCGCACUUCGGGCUCGUGUGUGCCAAUGUGCCUCAUGCGAUACCGCUUGUGCCGAUUUCGUAA